GUUUAAAAGGCAACAUAUUACCGGAGCUUGCUCAUAUUUAAAUGUAUUUUUGUUUAAUUUAGUUUGCAUUAUUACGCAAUUAAGUAAGUUGAUCAUGGACGAAACACAGGCCAAACAGGAGGCGCCAGAAGUCCCAAUAACACAAACAACAACGAAUCCCAGUCGUAAGGAAAUCCAAGCUCUAGAUGUGGAUAUUUAUCGCGACACUUUCAUACGCUACAUGGGCUAUUCGAAUGAAGUGGGCGAAGCCUUUCGACCACUAGUGCCCAAAUCGAUUGUGGCCGCAUCCUAUGGCAUGGCCAUUGGUUACGUCUGCACCGAUACCUUUGACAAAUCCUUGCGUGCUCAGAUGGCGGGCUCCAGCCAACGUGAAGUGGCCAUAAGAGCGGCCGAUGUCUUUAGCUGGCAAAUGCUUGCAUCCGUCAUACUGCCCGGGUUGGCCAUCAAUCGCAUCACGGCGGUGAGCAAAUUGAUGCUACGUAAAUCACCAGCUAUAGUGCUGAAGACGCUGCCCACGGUUAUUGGUUUGGCAAGCAUACCGCUGAUUGUGCAUCCCAUCGAUAGUCUCGUCGAUCGCUUCAUGGAUGCCACAUUCCGUCAAACGGUUCGGUAGUAAUUUUUGGAAUGUGAAACUUUUCCUACUCGGUGCUAAUUUUUGGAGUCGUCUGUGUGGCUUCAUAUCGACAAGCAUUCCAAAGCAAAUGUAUACUACAUUUUUGUACUACAUUUUGAUAUACAUUAGAAGUAGAAACCAAUGCCCGAUCCCAUAAAGUAUUCCCAUGUUCUAGAACAGCUAAAGCUAUCAAAAUUUAAGCAAUUGUUAAAUGAUUUUAAACUUAGAUAUUUAAAAACCAAAAGCUGUUUCUCAAAAUGCAAUAACGGGCUUAACAAACUUUAGUUUGCCAUAUGAUAUAGUAAUUAUAUAGUAACUAUAUGGUUUCUUAGCAAUUU